GAGCGGCGCCGCCCCUCGCCGCACCUCCCUGGCAGCCCUCCGAGGCCGCGCUGGGCAUGCUCAGUCGGCAGGGCCGCUUCAGCUCUCGGAGUAGGGAGCCUGGGCGCUCCGGUGGCGAGGAGCCGCGGCGGGGGAACGAUGGAGCCCUUCACCAAUGAUCGACUUCAGCUCCCCAGGAACAUGAUUGAAAACAGCAUGUUUGAGGAAGAACCAGAUGUGGUGGAUUUAGCCAAAGAGCCUUGUUUACAUCCUCUAGAACCUGAUGAGGUGGAAUAUGAGCCACGGGGCUCACGACUGCUGGUGCGGGGUCUUGGUGAACAUGAGAUGGAUGAAGAUGAAGAGGAUUAUGAAUCAUCUGCAAAACUACUGGGCAUGUCCUUCAUGAACAGAAGCUCAGGCCUUCGGAACAGUGCAGCUGGCUACAGGCAGAAUACAGAUGGGGCUUGUUCGGUACCUUCUACCAGGACCUUGGUGGUCUGUGCUUUUGUCAUUGUAGUUGCUGUCUCUGUGAUCAUGGUGAUUUAUCUGCUGCCUAGAUGUACUUUUACCAAAGAAGGCUGCCAUAAAAAAAACCAGUCAAUCAGACUCAUACAGCCACUUGCAACAAAUGGGAAAUUGUUUCCAUGGGCACAAAUUAGACUUCCUACUGCCAUUAUGCCGCAACGUUAUGAACUUAACCUGCACCCAAACCUGACCUCUAUGACAUUCAAGGGUUCUGUGACAAUUUCACUUCAGGCUCUUCAGGCCACCUGGAAUGUCAUUCUUCAUAGCACAGGACAUAAUAUUUCAAAAGUGACUUUCAUGUCAGCAGUUUCAAACCAAGAAAAACAAGUUGAACUCCUGGAAUAUCCGUAUCAUGAACAAAUCGCCAUUGUUUCUUCUGAAGCCCUUCUAGCAGGGCAUAAUUAUACCUUGAAGAUCGAGUAUUCAGCAAAUAUCUCUAGUUCUUACUAUGGGUUUUAUGGCAUCACUUACAAAGAUGAAAGUAAUGAGAAAAAGUACUUUGCAGCAACUCAAUUUGAACCCCUGGCAGCAAGAUCUGCUUUUCCUUGUUUUGAUGAACCAGCAUUUAAGGCCACAUUUAUCAUCAGGAUUAUAAGGGAAGAGCAAUACACUGCUUUAUCAAAUAUGCCUAAGAAGUCCUCAGUCCAUAUGGAAAAUGGACUUGUUCAGGAUGAAUUUUGUGAGAGUGUGAAGAUGAGUACUUACCUAGUUGCUUUCAUUUUGGGGGAGAUGAAGAACCUGAGUCAGGAUGUGAAUGGAACCCUGGUUUCUAUAUAUGUUGUACCAGAAAAGAUUGGUGAAGUUCAUCAUGCCUUGGAAACAGCUGUGAAACUUCUUCAGUUUUUUCAUGACUACUUUGAAAUUCAGUACCCACUUAAGAAGUUGGAUUUGGUGGCCAUUCCUGACUUUGAAGCAGGAGCAAUGGAAAAUUGGGGUUUGCUCACAUUCCGAGAAGAGACACUUCUGUAUGACAACAAUACUUCAUCAGUGGCAGACAGAAAACUGGUUACUAAAAUCAUUGCUCAUGAGCUGGCCCAUCAGUGGUUUGGCAAUCUGGUAACAAUGCAGUGGUGGAAUGAUCUGUGGCUAAAUGAAGGCUUUGCCACGUUCAUGGAGUAUUUCUCUUUGGAAAAAAUAUUCAAAGAGCUCUCUAGUUAUGAAGAUUUCUUAGAUGCUCGAUUUAAAACCAUGAAGAAAGAUUCCUUGAAUUCAUCUCAUCCAAUAUCAUCAUCUGUUCAGUCUUCAGAACAAAUUGAAGAAAUGUUUGAUUCUCUUUCUUAUUUUAAGGGAGCAUCUCUCUUACUGAUGUUAAAAACUUACCUUAGUGAAGAUGUAUUUCAACGUGCUAUUAUUCUUUACCUGCAUAAUCAUAGCUAUGGAUCCAUUCAAAGUGAUGAUCUUUGGGAUAGUUUUAAUGAGGUAACAAACAGAACACCAGAUAUAAAGAAAAUGAUGAAAACUUGGACUCUGCAGAAAGGAUUUCCUUUAGUGACUGUUAAGAGGAAAGGAAUGGAGCUUUAUAUACAACAAGAGAGAUUCUUUUUAAAUAUGAAACAUGAAAUCCAGCCUUCGGAUGCAAGCUACCUGUGGCAUAUUCCAAUCUCCUAUGUCACUGAUGGAAGAAAUUAUUCAAAAUAUCAACCAAUGUCAUUACUGGACAAGAAAUCAGGUGUCAUCAACCUUACAGAACAAGUGCGGUGGGUCAAAGUCAAUACAAACAUGACUGGCUAUUAUAUUGUACACUAUGCAGAUGAAGACUGGGCUGCACUGAUCGAACAGUUGAAAGUGAAUCCUUAUGUUCUGAGUGACAAGGACCGAGCCAAUCUUAUCAACAACAUCUUUGAACUUGCAGGCCUAGGCAAGGUGCCUCUGAAGAAGGCCUUCGAUUUGCUUGAUUAUCUGAAAAAUGAGAACUAUACUGCACCCAUCACUGAAGCUCUGCACCAAACAAACCUCAUCUAUAACCUUCUUGAAAAACUAGGGCACAUGGAUCUGGCCUCAAGACUAGUGACAAGAGUUUAUAAUUUGCUUCAAAACCAAACCCAACAACAAACUUGGACUGAUGAUGGUACCCCCUCUGGGCGAGAGCUUCGGUCAGUCUUGCUGGAUUUUGCUUGCACUCACAGACUGGGGGACUGCAACACUGCAGCCAUGAAGCUGUUUGAUGCUUGGAUGGCAUCCAACGGGACCCAGAGCAUACCUACAGAUGUCAUGACUACUGUAUUCAAAGUUGGAGCAAAAACUGAGACAGGCUGGUUAUUCCUCUUACGCUCGUACAGCACUGUAGGCUCUGAAGCAGAAAAGAACAAAAUACUUGAAGCUCUCGCCAGCUCAGAGGAUGUGCAGAGGCUUUACUGGUUAAUGAAAAGUAGCCUCCAUGGCGAUAGCUUCCGAACUCAGAAGUUGUCAUUUAUCAUUAGAACAGUGGGCCGACAUUUUUCUGGACACUUGCUGGCUUGGGAUUUUGUCAAAGAAAACUGGAAUAAGCUUGUACAGAAGUUCCAUCUGGGCUCUUAUACCAUACAAAGUAUUGUUGCUGGAUCAACUCACCUAUUUUCAACAAAGGCACAUUUGUCUGAGGUCCAGUCAUUCUUUGAAAGUCAAUCAGAGGCAACCUUUCAGCUCCAUUGCGUCCAGGAGGCCUUGGAAGUCAUUCAGCUGAAUAUCCAGUGGAUUGACAAGAAUCUCGGAGAUCUAACAUGGUGGCUGUAGCCCAACAGCUACACCUCAUUCUGUUGCCCAUUCAGAGAGCUAUGAACUUGGGCUCUACUGCUUUUGCAAAAGCCAAGGUGAAGCCAGAACUGCUGCCAAGUGUUUGCACUGUUAGAACUCUAGUUAGCUCAGGGCCCAACUGUACUUUUCAUCUGUCUUUUCUGAAAUGUCUUUUGGCAGUAUAUAGUUAUUUAUCACUAAAUUAUAUUCACCUAUAUGCCAACCAUCUAGGAAACAAAGAGCAGUUUUUUCUGCUUUGAACGUAUACAAAUGGGAAAGAAAUCGAUUUUGGAAUUCUGUUCUGUUGCUCAGUAUCCAGAGUUACUGACACAAUGAAACAAAGAAAAGUCUACUGUAAGUGCCACCAUCUUUGGAGGCUGCUAAUUGUCAUUCAUUGUUGCUGCUUGGGAUAGAUGCUACUGGAAUGUGGUAGAAUUAGCCUUGAAGAUAGAGGUACCAGAGCAGUCAGGCGUGCAGCUGUGGAGAGCUCUUCUCAGGUGCACUGGUCUACUUUGAUUUGGAGUUUUGAAGUAAGCCUUUAUUUGCUGAAAAGAGUUUUAAAAAUAAUGAUAACUAUUGUCCUUUUUCCUGUAAGAUAGCCAGGUGCUACAAAAAAAAUUUUGUUGGGUUGAACAGUUAAAUAACCAGGCCAAAAAGUUAAUAUUUCCAAAUAUGUUACACUUUCUGUUUUUUUAACAGAAUUACCAUAUUCCAAUUAAGCUUUAAUUAGAAUUAUUUUAUUCACGAAUAUCAAUAUCUUCCCUUCCAUCCUCAUACCUGCCCCUCAACUGACCUUACGUCAUAACAUAGUUUUGCUGUAUUUGUGGCAAGCAUUCUGUUUACACUGACAUUUUUCCUCAUGAUUUUUUAUUACCAUUUACUAACAAUGCUGUUUGUUAACUUUUGUCCUCACAAAUCAUACAUACUGUCUCUCUCAAUCAUACCAUGUAUAGAUUUUCAUUUUUAAUCAUGCACUGACAUGUUAGAAGCAUAUUUUAAAAUAAGGCCCUUGAGAAAUUUGAUUUUUUUAUUUGACGUUCACCAUAGUACCUUAAAGGGGAAAAAAAAAAGAAUGUGGAAAGGAGCAAAUUGAAGUAAUGUUUAGUGUGGCGGGCUUUGAAUUUUUUUUCCACUAUUGAAAACAGUAGUUUUUUGUUUGAUUGAAAAAAAUACAUUUAGUUUUUCUUUUGGUAUGGCCAAAUUAACAUUAAAUGGAGUGGCCAAUGAAUUAAAGAAAGAAAAAUGAGGGGUUCAAAAAUGUAUGGCAUUUUUCACUCCUUCUGAAGUAGAAAUACUGUACUUGAAUUUUUUGAGCUAUGCAGACUUAUACCAAGGUCGUGUGUUUCACUGAAUCUUAGGAGAGACUAAUAACUCGUGAGACUUUGUAUUUUGUUUGCUAAUGGUGUCUGUGUAUACACAAAAGGAAGCUCAUUCCUAUGAGCACUUACACACCAGAAUCAGGCAAUAGGAAAGGUCACCUUUUUUAUUCAGCACAUAUGAAAUUAGAAUAUGUGGGGUUGUGUAUAAAAUUAUAUUUUAUUUUAUGGAAAUAUUUUUAUAUAAGAAAAUAUAAAAGUUUGGAAAGCUAAAAAAUACCUUGCUUUAACCUAGUAUAUUUUCUCCCAAGUUAGUCUUUUCUAAAUAUUUAUCUCUCUGUUUUUAAGUGGAAUAUAUUGCAUUCUGAGAAUCACAGAUCCAUCAAAAAUGUGUUAUACAAAUUGAGAUGAUUAUAGAUCUUCAUCUUGUGUUUUGGUAAAAGAAAGAUGAUUUAGUUAACACUUAAAGCUAGUGUGGCUUUGUAUUUUCAAUCUGAAGCAAGAGUACUAAAUUUGAGUGAGAAGUUUGAGAGUUUUUUGUUGCUAGUUUUUAUAUUACUAAAUUCUGCUUUGAUACAAUUUAAACUUUGCUACUUCUCAAAGAGCCUUCAGUUUUACAGCUCAUCUCAACAUUACUUUGAAAAUAUGUUAACUUUGCAUAUGGCAAAUCUUAAUCUUAAUCUAUUUUUUCUGUUAAAUAUCUGCUUGUGUGUAUGUAUGAAGUGUGUGGUGUGGGAUGCUAUUAAAAGUAAAACCUUAUAAAAUGGGCAAAAAGAGGUAACAUAUGAUCUGUUCCUGUCUAUACACUCAAAGGCUGUUCAUUCCCAUGUUUUAUUUAUAACUUUCACCUCAAUUACUUGUAGUUUGGGUAGAUCUCAUCUUAAUUUCCCCAGAGAAUUUCAUAAUUUUAAUGUUAUGCUAACCCAUUUAUAAUGGGACCUCUUAGGAAUGAAUCAGAGGUACAAUUUACAGUAUAAUAAGUAAAUUUUAUUCCAUUUCUACUCGUGCUAAAGCACAGAAGUUGAGCACACAGAUGCCUGACAUGGCUGGUUACCUACUGAAUAAUUAUCCUGUUCAUUGCAGAGGUAUGUCCAUGUAAUGGACGUAUCAUACCAGAUUAUUAGGAAGGAUGGAAAAUCUGAAAGCCUAUGAAAGUAGAAAUUAAUAUAAAUUAAUAUGAUGAGAUAUGUUAAACUUCAAGUAGUGGCAGCUUCCACCAGGAGCUCUGCCUUCCUUUGUCUUGUCUAUUUGUCUCUUUAAGUCAGAAUGUGUUUGCUAUUACUUUGAGAUUCACGAACUUCACUAAUCAUAGGUUUGACUCUAAUUUUCUUUGCCAUAUGUGUUUUCAUUUUAUGGGCCUUAGCUACUGUAGGAACAGAAGAGCUGAUCAGUACUGGGUCUACAGAAGCAACCCAAACUGCAUUCAAAUUACUGGCACCAAGCAAAAUGUUUAUAGAGUGUUAGGAAGUAAGGGAUUUACAAGUGUUGAGUUAAUUGAUUACUGAUAGUCUAUUACUGAAUUAGUUUUAAGAUAGUUCUCAAAUUAAAGCAUCUGGAACUCUGGACCCAUGAUUUACAAUCAGAUUGCUGAACACCUACAUAACCUCACACAUUCCAUGGGCCUAUGAGCAUGCUUCAGUGUUCAGUGCUGCCAUGUCCAAGUUCAAAACCUGCAUUUAUUACUUAGGUAGGAAUCGGUAUCAUAGGUAUGAUGUAGCUUUUCUUACCUUUGCCUUCAUCGAUUUUUUUAAAAUUGAAAUUAACUCUUUUAAAAAGCUUUCUUUCCUGU